GGAAAGGAAUCAUUCGAAUCUCUAAAAGUAUUAUCAGUUUUUGGGUAUUUUCUUCCUUCUUUUCUCUCUAAAUAACCAAAACAAAAAAAUUAAAUUUCAAGCUAGCUGAUAAUGGCGGUUCGUGGAUUAAUAAUCUUUGCUAUGAUAUUCUCAGUCAUGGUGACUACUUGUUGUGGAAAAGUUAUGUUUUCUCACCUUGCUAAUACUCUCACAGUCUCCACAUCUCCUAAAGGCAAAGUGGAUCUAAAAGCGGGAGUUGACUCAAUAACAAUAACAUGGGGACUGAACAAAAACGGAAGUAAAGUUGAUACAAAGUCGUACAAGAACAUAGAAGUCAAACUAUGUUACUCAAAAGAAAGUCAAAAAGACAGGCCAUGGAGGAAAACUGAAGAGGAAUUAGACAGAGACAAAACAUGCCAAUUUUCAGUCGUUAAAAAAGAGUACAACGUUACAACUGACUCAUUUACUUACAAGGUUAAAAAAGAUGUUCCAACUGCUCAUUACUUUGUUAGGGUUUAUGUUCGUGAUGGCCCUGAUGGAAAACAGAUUGCUUAUGGACAAACCAACGGUGUGGAUUUAAACGUUACUGGAAUCAGUGGUCGUAGUUCUUCUAUUGAUAUUGCUGCGUCUGUUUUCUCUACUUUCUCUGUUGUUUCUCUUGCUUUUUUCUUUUAUUUGGAGAAGAAAAAGGCUAGGAAAGAAGAAGCUAAGUGAUCUUUAAUUUUAUUAUUCCUAUACUAUACUCUACUCCCUCUGUCGUCUCUUAGAAUUUGUCCAAUUUAAUUAAAAAAUAAAAUAAUUGAAUGGGAUUAACUUAAAGGGAUGGAGUAGUAUUUAUUUUAAUUCACCAGUUUGAUGUUUUUAACUUUAUGUUAUAACUUCUGUUACUAUUAAAUUUGAACGGAGGGGGUUUUGUUUUUUAAAAUAUGUAAUAUAUUUGAUAAGCUUUUGUAAUAGGCUUUGUUGAUGCCUCAAAUACAAUAUUUUUGUCUUUUAAUUAAGUGUGUAUAAUAUUAUUUGAUAAUUGGCAUUUUUUGUUUGAUUUUUU